CUGUCACAGUGGUGAAUGAGGAUGUCCGGACCCGGCAGUACUUGAUGUGUGGUCAGACAGCCCAGGUGAAGCUGAAGAACGUGGUGCCGCAUGACAUUGGGGACCCAGAUGAUGAGCCGUGGCAGCGUGUCAAUGCCUACCUGAUGCACGAUACAGCUGACUGGAAGGACCUCAACCUGAAGUUUGUGCUGCAGGUGUACCGUGACUACUACCUGACGCAGGACUCCCUGUACUUGCGGGACAUGUGGCCAGUCUGCCAGGCUGUGAUGGAGUCAGAGCUGAAGUUUGACACGGAUAAUGAUGGGCUCAUUGAAAACGGUGGCUUUGCUGACCAGACGUACGACGCGUGGGUGGUAAAUGGAGCCAGUGCCUACUGCGGUGGGCUGUGGCUGGCAGCCGUCUGCAUGAUGUGCAAGAUGGCAGAGGUGCUCGGAGAUGCUGAGAUCCAGCAGAAAUACAUGGACAUCCUGCGCAAGGGCAAGGAGGCAUUUGAGAGGAUGCUGUGGAAUGGAAAAUACUACAACUAUGACAGCAGUGGGAGUGAUACCUCCAGCAGCAUCAUGUCAGACCAGUGUGCUGGGCAGUGGUUUCUUGGGGCUUGUGGCGUGGACCAAGGGGAGUUUGAG